AAUUCAGCCCCGUCUUGACGGAGGGUUGGUUGGUUAAAGUCCUCCGUCUCUUCUCACCACUCCGCCGAGGACCGAGCCGCCGUGCAACUCCCGACGAAACCAGACCGGAGAGUGUUCGUUAACUCGGCUUACAACGUCCAGAAGAGCGUCGGGUUAAAGUUUUUCGACGCUCCUGAAAAUCAAUUGAAACUUUUUUAUUAUUGUAUUUAUUUUUUACUCGGGAGUCUACCAGGCGGAGACAAGCAUGGUGUUAAAAUCGGAAGACGGCGUCGUGCCGGACGACCUCACCCCAGAGGAGAAGCAGGAGCUGGAGAAUAUCCGCCGGCGCAAGCAGGAGCUGAUGGAGGACAUUCAGCGGCUGAAGGAUGAGAUAGCAGAAGUGACGAGUGAGAUCGAGAACUUGGGAUCCACUGAGGAGAGAAAGAAUAUGCAGAGAAAUAAACAGGUGGCCAUGGGGCGUAAGAAAUUUAACAUGGACCCCAAAAAGGGGAUCCUGUUCCUGAUUGAGAACGACUUGCUGAAGAAUACCAGCGAUGACAUUUCUCAAUUCCUCUACAAGGGCGAGGGCCUCAACAAAACGGCCAUCGGAGAUUACCUCGGAGAGAGAGAUGACUUCAACAUUGAAGUCCUUCAUGCCUUUGUGGAGCUUCACGAGUUCACAGACCUCAACCUGGUUCAGGCCCUAAGACAGUUCCUGUGGAGCUUUCGGCUACCGGGCGAAGCUCAGAAGAUCGACCGCAUGAUGGAGGCCUUCGCUCAGCGCUACUGCCAGUGCAACCCUGGCGUUUUCCAGUCCACAGACACCUGUUACAUCCUGUCAUUUGCCAUCAUCAUGCUAAACACCAGCCUCCACAACCCGAAUGUGAAGGACAAGCCUUCCGUGGAACGUUUCAUCUCCAUGAACCGAGGCAUCAACGAAGGAGGAGACUUACCCGAGGACCUGCUCAGGAAUCUGUAUGACAGCAUCAAGAAUGAGCCUUUCAAAAUCCCAGAGGACGACGGCAACGACCUCACACACACUUUCUUCAACCCAGACAGGGAGGGCUGGCUUCUCAAACUGGGGGGACGAGUUAAAACCUGGAAGAGGAGGUGGUUCAUCCUCACAGACAACUGUCUGUACUAUUUUGAGUACACCACAGACAAAGAGCCCAGAGGAAUCAUCCCACUGGAGAACCUGAGCCUCAAGGAGGUGGAGGAUAAGAAGCCUAACUGCUUUGAGCUUUUCAUUCCUGACAACAAGGACCAGGUGAUAAAAGCAUGCAAGACUGAGGCUGACGGGCGCGUUGUGGAGGGCAACCACACCUUCUACCGCAUCUCCGCCCCCACUGCGGAGGAGAAAGAGGAAUGGAUGAACAGCAUAAAAGCUGCUAUCAGCAGGGACCCCUUUUACGAGAUGCUGGCAGCCAGGAAGAAGAAGGUGUCGUCCAUGAAGAGGCACUAGAGCUGCUCAGCGCUCCAGAUGUUGCCCUUGACGGAGCAGGGAGGGGGGGGGGGGGUCCAGGCAUCCGCUCGCCCUAUCUGGGUCGGUGCAGACCACGCCGUUGUUGAGGUCUGCAUCUCCUACUCUAGGAUGCUUACUAGGUCUGGCCUCAGGACUCUACAGGCCAAAAAACAGGAAGCAUGCUGGGGUUUCUAGAUCUUGUUAAUCUCCUGUCACUCUUUCUCUCAGCUUUGUGUGCUCUCUCAAGGAAAUCUUGCUGUUUAACUCUGCAAAAUCCUCUUUGAAGAUGCUUUAAAAACUAACACAAUUCCCAUAUACAUUGUGCACAUACGCAACAUUGCAAACACUCAUGCCGUUCCCCUGUAGCACACGUCAUUUUAAACUCAGCAGGUCUGAACAAGUGUGGCACUCCAACCAAAAUAUUCCUCUUUUCUAAAAGAAAAGAAAAGACAUUUCUCAUGUGCUAGUGUCUAUUUUUACAGCUCUUACAUGUCAAUUCCUCUUCAGUCUUUUUUUUUUGUUGUCGCUUUUGUAUAAAUAAAGAAAAAGGUCUUGCAGGGAAUGGAGGGGGCUUGCUUUGACGAUGUUUUUUUUUUUUUUUAAUAUAGAAAAAAAAAAGUUAAAAAAAAUAAUAAUUGCCGCUCAGGAGAUUGUUACGAUGUUCUGAAACGUGUUGACGUGGAGUCUGUUCACAACACGACAGCCGCGUGAGGAAUGAAAGCCUCACCUGUGUCCCAGACUAAAUUAUUUUUUUUUUAAAUGUGAUGAAGAUGAAGAUGUCUGCGUGUCUGGACGGGGUCGCCCUGUUGGAUCUGACUCUCUGUUCAUUCCUUGACGGUCCCACAGAUGCAUCCUGGGGAUUUGUGUCUCAGGGAUGAGUGUUCAUCACCCUGGGCAUCUUUUGGAGGUCUUAGGUUGUCUGGAAAUUCAAACUGGUGGCCCCCUUUUUAAAAAAAUAGCUUCCCUACAUUUUAAUUUAAUUUUUUUCCCCAAACACAAAACUGCUUCCUGUUCCCUGAUUUCAUUGUUGGGAAGGUUUACGUCACUGCUGCACAGUGCUUGGCUGCUGGUUAGCGACAGUACUCCAGUUUUAUUCUCCCAGUCAAACAUUUAAUAUUUAGUUUCUUUUCCUCCUUAAUUUGUCUCUUCUUUGUAGAGGGUUACCCAUGUAAUGGUAAAAACAAAUCGCAUGUAAUUUACAGCCGUCGGCCCGACCUCAUUCAGAGUUGUACUGUGUGCUUCAGGUUGUUUAUGUAUAAGACAUAAUAUAUAACAUAAUGUUGUAGAGGCUUUUGAAGCUGUGCCUGGGGAAAGAAUGGGUCGCCCCCGUCUCAGGAUCCAAAGUGUGAUGUGAAACGAUACAGAACUACUAUAUGAGGAAUGUACUGUGGCGAACCAACAGACGGAGGUCCGGUUGGUUGGUCACUCUGGAGGACGUGACGUGACGUGUCGCCAGUCAGCCCAUCGAACUGCGUUGAGGGACACCUCUUUUUUUGGGGAGUUGUUCAUCAAGCGUCUUUUCUACUCGUGUCCACGGUUGUCUCGUGUUGUGCCUGCUGGUCCUCGUCCUCUCUCCGCUCCCCUCGGUGCUCUAACCCGAGAGAAAUAAGGAAAAAUGCAAAAACAAUCACAAUUCUAUAGACAGUAUUGGUUUAUUUAUCAAAAGUUGUACAUACUUCUAUGUAUAGUGGGUAUUUUGUCUUCAUCGUGUUUUCAUAUUAGUUGUGCCAUUUUCUUUUGGUAUUCUGUUCAAUGUUUGAUUUGAGGUUUGUAUCAUUGCCAUUUAAUCAAGCUGAAAUAAAGACAUAUUUGUCAC